AUUCAACGAGUUGCCGCCAUGCUAUUGAUAUUCAUUUUGUUCGGGUUGAUGAAUCAUUCGUGGGGUAGUAGCUUAGUCGAGAAAACAUAUGCAUUAAAAUGCCCCCUUAUAAAGGGAUGUAGACCAACAUGUGCAGUGCCUAACCCACAAAACUGUCCUGCUGUUGAGCGCGUGAAAGUCAAUAUUGAAGGCUGCCAGUGUCAAGAUGGUUACAUUCUCUCCGAGGAAGGCGGCAAAUGUAUUAGAAUAGAAGAUUGUCCACAAGAUAUCGGCUGCAAUGGUGAUCCUCACGCAGUAGUGAAAUACAGACCUGCUGCUUGUCCAUCUACUUGCAGUAACCCUGAUAAUGUCAAUUGCAAACGAUUAAGCAUUUCAAUUGGCUGCCAAUGCGCAUUUGGCUAUAUAAAAUCUGCAUCCGAUGGAAAAUGCAUUCCCGUUGAUCAAUGUCCAGGAGGUGAUCCAUGUGGACCAAACGGCACAUUCGUAUAUUGUGGAUUCCGCUGUCCAAAUCAGUACUGUCCUCAAGAUGAUAGUCCAUUCCAAAUCGCUUGCAAGCCGGGACGCGACUGCCCUCCAGGGUGCGGUUGUAAAAUCAACUAUAAGCGAUUAAGCUACGAUGACGAUAGAUGUAUCCUGGCUUCAGAAUGCCCUCCAGUAGAAUGUACUAGACCGAAUGAAGUGUGGUCGUCUUGCCCAUCUGAUUGUCUCGCAGAAAACUGUGAAAACGUUAACGAUCCAUUUACCGUUUGUAAUACUCUUUUGCUUAACUGUCAACCGAAAUGCGUAUGUGCUGACGGUUACUAUAGAAACAGCAGUGGUAUUUGCAUACCGGGCAAAGAAUGCGAGGGCUACAACCCAUGCUUAUCGAGAUGUGCACCAACUUGCGCUGAUCCAAAUCCACAGAACUGCGGCAAGGAGUUUAACAAUAACUGUUGCCAAGACGGCUACAUUUUAUCGGAACGUAACGGCACAUGUAUCAGAAUUAAUCAAUGUCCCAAUGGCUGCAACGGUGACCCUAAUGCAGUGGCGAAACAGUGUCCAGCAAUUAGACCACCUACAUGCAAAGAUCCUAAAGGUGCCAACACUUUAGAAGCAUGUUUAUCAUAUGGCUGCGGUUGUGCACCAGGCUAUAUUAAAUCUGAAACUGAUGGAAAUUGUAUACUACCGAGUCAAUGUCCAGGUGGUGACCCAUGCGGACCUAAUGGUACUUUCGUACCAUGUGCAUUUGGCUGUCCAGACCAGUAUUGUCCUCGAAAUGACAACCGUUUCAAAGUUGCGUGUAUGCCGCCAUAUCCCUGUCCUUCCGGGUGCGCUUGCAAAAGCAAUCACAAGCGAUUGAGUUAUAACGAUAACAGAUGUAUCUCGACUUUAGACUGUCCACCAGUAAACUGUACAAGGCCAAAUGAAGUAUGGUCACCUUGUCCGUCUAAUUGCCGCUCAGAAGAUUGUCGCAACGUAAAUGAUGAACCACGUUUUUGCAUUGCACUUGCGACAAACUGUCAACCAAAAUGUAUAUGUGCUAAUGGCUAUUUCAGAAAUGGUAGUGGCAUUUGCGUACCAGCUAAAGAAUGUGAUGGCUACAAUCCUUGUUUAUCAAGUUGUGCACCUACUUGUGCUGAACCAAAUCCAAGCUGUGGGAAAUCAACAGUAACACAAAAAAAUGACUGUUGCGCGGAAGGCUACGUUCUAUCUGAGAGAAAUGGCAAAUGCAUCAGAAUUGAAGAAUGUCCUAAUGGCUGCAACGGCGACCCUAAUGCAGUGGUGAAACGUUGUCCAGCUCUUACUCCGGCCACAUGCAAGGAUCCCAAAAGUAUUAACCCUCAAGAAGAAUGUUUAUCUUUAGGCUGCGAAUGUGCGCCUGGCUACAUCAAAUCUGAAACUAAUGGGCAAUGUAUUUUGGCAGACGAAUGCCCAGGUGGUAAUCCAUGCGGCCCUAACGGUACCUUCGUGCAAUGCGCAUUCCGCUGUCCAGACCAGUAUUGUCCACGAACUGACAGUCCAUUCCAGGUUGCUUGUUUACCACCACUUAAUUGCCCUGCCGGUUGCACAUGCAAAAGCAAUCACAAGCGAUUGAGUUCAAGCGAUGAUAGAUGUAUUUUGGCUCCAGACUGUCCACAAGUUAAAUGUACCAGAAAGAAUGAGGUAUGGUCACCAUGCCCGUCUAAUUGUCGCUCAGAAGAUUGUCGCAACGUAAAUGAUGAACCACGUUUUUGCAUUGCACUUGCGGGGAACUGUCGACCGAGAUGCAUAUGUAUUGAAGGGUAUUAUAGAAAUAGUAUGGGUGUUUGUGUACCUGCAGACCAAUGUGAGGGGUAUAAUCCAUGUUUGUCAGAAUGUGCUCCUACUUGUGACAACCCUAAUCCACUGAACUGUGACAGUUACGUCAAAAAUUCGUGCUGUAGACAAGGCUAUAUUUUAUCUGAACGAAGAGGCAAAUGCAUCAAAAUUGAAGAGUGCCCUACAAACGUCGGUUGUAAUGGUGAUCCUAAUGCAGUCGUGAGAACUUGUCCAACCCCUUGUCCAUCUACGUGUGAUCAGCCUAAUGCUUUCCCGUGUAAGAAAAUGUGUUUAGAUGUAGGCUGCCAAUGUGCUGAUGGUUACUUACAACUAGAAGCAGGUGGAAAGUGUGUUCUACCAGACGAAUGCCCAGUUGGGAAUCCGUGUGGAAAGAAUGCAACCUUCAUGCCUUGUAGAAGUGACUGCCCUUCAACUUACUGUCCAGUAGAUGAUAGUAGAGCAGUGGAAGAUUGUAAUGUCCCUAAUCCUUGUCUCUCUGGUUGCGUAUGUCGAGUGAAUCAUAGAAGAUUGCGUCGUGGUGAUGAUCAGUGCAUAGUGUCUUCGGAUUGUCCUCCUGUAAAGUGUACCAGACAAAACGAAGAAUGGUCUUCAUGUCCAAGCGCCUGCUUACAAGAAUCGUGUGAAGAUGCCGGCAAAAAACCAAUAACCUGCAAUACCCUUUUGUUGAAUUGUCAACCUAGAUGCGUUUGUUGUAAGGGUUAUUAUAGAAAUGAUACAGAUAUAUGCGUUUCAGAAAAAGAAUGUGCAUGUCAAUAAAAAUUGACGGCAAAAAAAAUCUAUAUGUAUUAAAAUUUUAAUAAACGUGCAUUUAUUUCU